AUGUCAGACGUAAAUAUUACAUUUGUAGUAGAAUUCUUUUUCCUUGGAUUCUCUGACCUUCCUGACCUUCAAGAGUUUCUCUUUGUGAUUUUCUUCAUAAUUUACUUGAGUAUUUUGAUAGGAAAUAGUCUCAUCAUAGUAAUAACUAAGGUAGAACCAAGUCUUCAAACCCCCAUGUAUUUUUUCCUUGGAAAUUUCUCCUUCUUAGAGAUCUGUUACACAUCAGUCACUCUUCCCAAAAUCUUAACAGACCUUUGGACACAGAAAAGGACUAUUUCCUUUCUAGGCUGUGCUAUACAACUUUUCUUUAUUCUUAUUUUGGGAGUUACUGAAUGCUUCCUUCUGUCUGUGAUGGCAUAUGAUCGUUAUGUGGCAAUUUGUAAGCCACUCUACUAUACUCUAAUCAUGAAUCGAAAGAUGUGUGUUUGGCUGGUUAUUGGCUCCUGGAUCCUUGGGAUCCCUAUUCUGAUAGGACUUACUUAUCAGAUUUUCUCUCUGUCAUUCUGUAGUUCAAACAAGCUUGAACAUAUCUUCUGUGAUAUCCCUCCAUUACUGAAACUGGCCUGUGGGGAUAUUUCUUUAGAAGUGUACAGUAUCUAUGUGGAUGCUGGAAUAUUUGGGAUGUUUCCCUUUUUUUUUAUUUUUGGGUCAUAUGUGAAAAUCAUUGCCACAAUUCUAAAAUUGCCAUCAGCUAAAGGCAGAUCCAAAGCCUUUUUGACUUGUUCCUCCCACCUUAUUGUUGUCACUUUAUAUUUUGUGUCUGCUUUUGUUUCAUAUUUGAUGCCUAAAUCCAGUCACUCAUCAGCAACUGAAAUAGUAUUUUCUCUUUUCUACACCAUUCUGACUCCAAUGUUUAACCCCCUUAUAUAUAGUCUCAGGAAUAAGGAUUUUAUUUUGGCAAUGAGAAAAUUAUUACCUAAAUGUAUAGGGUUAGUAAGCACAUAG